AUGGCGGCCUCCAAGGGCGGUGGACCGGCGAUCGGCAUCGACCUGGGAACGACCUACUCGUGCGUGGCUGUGUGGCGUCACGACCGCGGCAAGGUCAUCGCCAAUGACCAGGGCAAUCGCCUCACGCCGUCUUGCGUCGCGUUCACCAGAGCCGAGAGGCUCGUCGGCGAGGCGGCGGUGAACCAGGCCGCCUUGAACCCCACCAACACCAUCUUCGAAGUGAAGCGACUGAUCGGCCGCCGAUUCAGGGACGAAUCUGUACAAGAAGACGCCAAGUUGUGGCCUUCCAAAGUCGUCGCAGGCCGUGACGAACGGCCACUGAUCGUGGUGCAGCAUAAAGGCAAGGAGAGGCAGUUCAGGCCUGAGGAGAUCUCCUCCAUGGUGCUGGCCAAGAUGAGAGAGACAGCCGAGGUAUAUCUCGGUAAAGCGAUCAAGAACGCUGUCAUCACCGUGCCUGUCUACUUCAACAACUCCCAGCGCCAGGCUACCAUUGACGCCGGCACCAUCGCCGGCCUAAAUGUCAUGCGCAUCAUCAAUGAGCCGACAGCUGCAGCUCUCGCAUAUGGUCUUGAGAAGAUGCCACUCAGCAACAAACGAAGGACGGUGCUCGUCUUUGAUCUUGGUGGUGGUACCUUUGAUGUCUCCCUCCUCAACAUUGAUCCAGUAACCAACAAGAAGAACAAGGGUGUCUUCGAGGUGGUGGCCAUCGCCGGUGACACUCACCUUGGCGGGGCGGACUUCGACAGCGAGAUGGUGAAAUACGCUCUACGUGAGUUCACACGGAGACACGGGAAGAUGGACAUCCAUAGCAACCAGAAGGCGCUCCGGCGGCUGAGGACUGCCUGCGAGAGAGCAAAGAGGAUGCUGUCUUCCACCGCACAAACCACCAUUGAGGUCGACUCGCUCCAUGACGGCAUUGACUUCUGCGCCACAAUCACCAGGUCUCUAUUCGAGGAGCUCAACAAGGAUCUUUUCAGCAAGUGCAUGAAGGCUCUGGACAAGUGCUUGUGCGAUGCCAAGAUGGACAAGAGCAGCGUCCACGACGUCGUCCUGGUGGGCGGUUCCACCCGUACCCCCAAGGUGCAGAACAUGCUCCGGGAGUUCUUUGGCGGGAAGCAGCUUUGCCAGACCAUCAACCCUGAUGAAGCUGUGCGUACGGCGCCGCCAUCCAGGCCUCCAUUCUCAGCGGCGGCGAAACCGACGAUGGGAGUUAUCCCGAGGAACACCGCCAUCCCGACCAAGAUGGCCAAGCUCUUCACCACCCUCUACGACAACCAGACCGUCGUGUGCUUUCCAGUGUAUGAGGGCGAGAGCGCAGACACCAGGGACAACAACCUGCUCGGCAAGUUCGCGCUCACCGGCAUCCCCCCGGCACCCAAGGGCGUAGCUCGUUUACAUGUCACCUUCGAUAUCGAUGCAAACGGUGUCAUGAACGUGUCCGCGGAGGACCUGGACACUGCGAAGAAGAAGAGCGUCACCAUCAUUAACCACGGCGGCCGAAUGCCCAAGGAAGAAAUCGCUCGCUUGGUGCCGAUUGAGAUUUAA